GCAGCGCACGCCCGAGUGGCCGCUCGCUGCCAUCCGCGGCCACCCUGUGCUGCCUGUGGGCUACGCCCCAGCUGCCGUUCGUACUGCAUUGCUGUGGGCGCUGCGUGCGCCCAGUGCUCUGCAACCCUGCGGCGGGCAUGGGAUAACCCGGCCAUGGUGCGCCGAGAUCGCCUACGCAGAAUGCGGGAGUGGUGGGUCCAGGUGGGGCUGUUGGCUGUGCCCCUGCUUGCGGCGUACCUACACAUCCCGCCCCCUCAGCUUUCCCCUGCCCUUCACGCAUGGAAGGCUUCAGACUCUGCAGGUGUGGUUGGAAGCCCGGAGAUAGUUGUGCUUUUACACGGCUUUCCAACAUCCAGCUAUGAUUGGUACAAGAUUUGGGAAGGUCUGACCUUGAGGUUUCAUCGAGUGAUUGCCCUUGAUUUCUUAGGCUUUGGCUUCAGUGACAAACCGAGACCACAUCACUACUCCAUAUUUGAGCAAGCCAGCAUCGUGGAAGCGCUUUUGCGGCAUCUGGGGCUCCAGAACCGUAGGAUCAACCUUUUGUCUCACGAUUAUGGAGACAUUGUUGCUCAGGAGCUGCUCUAUAGGUACAAGCAGAAUCGAUCUGGGCGGCUUACCAUAAAGAGUCUGUGUCUGUCAAACGGAGGUAUUUUUCCUGAGACUCAUCAUCCUCUCCUUCUCCAAAAGAUACUCAAAGAUGGAGGCGUGCUGUCACCCAUCCUCACGCGGCUGAUGAACUUCUUUGUAUUCUCGAGAGGUCUCACCCCAGUCUUUGGGCCGUACACUCGGCCCUCCGAGAGCGAACUGUGGGACAUGUGGGCAGGGAUCCGCAACAAUGACGGGAACUUAGUCAUUGACAGUCUCUUACAGUACAUCAAUCAGCGGCAGAAGUUUCAAAGACGCUGGGUGGGAGCUCUUACCUCUGUAACUAUUCCCAUUCAUUUUAUCUAUGGGCCACUGGAUCCUGUUAAUCCCUAUCCAGAGUUUUUGGAGUUAUACAGGAAAACGCUGCCGCGGUCCACAGUGUCGAUUCUGGAUGACCACAUUAGCCACUAUCCACAGCUAGAGGAUCCCAUGGGCUUCUUGAAUGCAUAUAUGGGCUUCAUCAACUCCUUCUGAGCUGGAAAGAGUAGCUUCCCUGUAUUACCUCCCCUACUCCCUUAUCUGUUGUGUAUUCCACUCAGGAAGAAAUGCCCAAAAGAGGUCCUGGCCAUCAAACACUAUUCUCUCAAGUCCACUUUACUCACAUUGGUGAACAGUAUAUAGGAAAAGGCCAGCAGGAGCUCCGACUAAGGGUUGACAAAAUAGCCCGCCUCCCAUUCCUUUGACAUCUGAUCAAAAGUGGAUGGAUUUGCUUUGUCUUUGUGUUAUUAGGAAAUUCUGAUGAGCACUACUACUCACUGAUGCAGAAAGACAGUCUUUUGCAUAAAAGACUUUUUAAUACUUCUUUGGACUUUUCUCAAACAUUCAGAAGUGCUAAUUUCUGGCCCAGCCCCAAUUGGAAUCCUCAAGUAAAAAAUGAGAGAGGACCUCCUUACCUCUCCUUGAAUGGCUUUAAGGGCACAAACUUUUUUAAAGUUCUCUAAGCAACACAGCAUCAAGUGAGAGUGAGUCUCCUUUAUCAUAACUUUGGAUUUAGUUUCAUCAGCUGCUUCUAAUUAUAGAUAUUUGUUAAAAUAGAUAUUGGUUUAAAUAACGCGGUAUUCUAAGUAUACUUACUUUAAGACUAUGAUUUACCUACAUAUAUUAUAUGUAUUUUAUAAGGAUACUAAACCAGCAGACCCUUAUUCUGCCAAAGUAGUGACCCUUAUUACACUUGUUUAAUUUUUGAAUUGAACUAAAUCCAAACUAUUUACAGAAUUUCCUAAAAUCACAGGACAUUAAGAACCAAUAGCAUCUGUGCCAGAGAUUGACUGUUGUCAGUUGGAAAGACCAAUUCUAAAAGCAAACAACAUUCUGACUCCUCAUACCUCAGUUAUUAGAAAAUUGAAGGGAGGGGAUCAUUGUGCAGUUACCAUGCUGAACGUACGUCGAUUCCUUUCAUGAUGAUUGCUUAACUCCCCGUUGGCUGUCCCAGAGAGGCCUUCUCAUGUAGCUCAGCAAUUCCUGUACCUUACAGACAGGAAAGUUCUGGAAGCUUUAAGAACAAAUUCUGAAAGACCUAUGAGCAGUGGUGCUGAAUACUUUUUUUUAAGCCACAUUUCAUUGUCUUAGUUAAAGCAGGAUUAGGUGAUUAUUUUAAAUUCAUUUUUUAUUAGCAUCUUUAAGUAUAACAACUUUUAAACUGGAAUAAGUGUUUAUUUUCUAUUAAUAAAAUGAAUUGUGACAAAAGUGGACUCUGGCUUCCCCUCCCCCACUUCUCCUCUGGGAUAAAAUUUUCCAACAUUGCCAGGAGCUUUCAGACACACAUUAAAUUAAAGAAAAAAAUAUAAUGAAGUUAAGCAGCUGGAGUAUAGGAUAAUAUUUGAUUUUCAAGAUUGCCCAAAGCUGCA